AUGACACUUCCGACGUAUGACGGUUUGAAGGAUACUGGUCUCACCGUGGGUCCGGUCCUGCUUCAGGACAUCUACAAUUGGCUCAAGCUGAAUGCUGUCCACGAUGUUGGUGCCGCCAAAGUGAAAGUUUACAUAGAUGGCUGGCCUGUUGAUCCAACCAAAGGCUUUGUUGAACUCCCAUUGAACAAAUCUAACUUCCAUAAUGACAAGCCGUAUGACUUACCUGUAAGCGACCGCUACAGCUUUGUAGAUGGAGUUCACAAGCUUUGGGUUUACUCCACAGACAAACCACUGUUCAAAAAUAGCCCCACCAAGCCUCGUUCGGAGAUCCGUAUAAGAGGCUAUGACUAUUCGUCUGGAGUCUGGCAAUUCGAAGGCUACGGCUACGUGCCCUGCGGAACCACCGGUGUGUGCAUCAUGCAAGUGUUUGGAUCAACUCCACCUCAAGCCACAACUUUAAUGCUCAGAGUCUACAAUGGUUCACUCUAUUACUACAAGGCAGGUCCAGUUGUGUUGGAGAACAUCUACGACCGAUGGUUUCGGGUUAACGUAAUCCAUGAUGUAAAUGCUUCGAAGUUACAGGUUUAUAUUGUUGGUGUUCCAAAGCUGGAGCCUCCUGGCCAUGGAGGCACAAACCAUUAUUUUAAAUUUGGGGUUUAUGAACAAAAUGAUUCUUCUUACUAUAUGGAAUCCCGUUGGAAGGGCAUCAAGGUUCUGAAGAAAAUGUGA